UUUUUCUGUUUGUUCCAACAUGUUCUUUGCCUUUUUCCUUCACUGUCUUCACUUUCAGUUAGAGAGGAGCACAGAGCCAGUCUUCAGGAUAUUCUGUGCUAUUCUCUUUUCAAAACACGGGAGGAACUGCUCGCUGAACUGGACGCCAUCACCUCUUCCUUCUCACAAACAGGCACACGAAUCAUCAUUUGGAAUCUGCGCAGAACGGCUACAGAUGCUACAGAGUUUGACUUUGAGACGGAUCGCUAUGACAUCCGAAUUCCCUCUGAGGUCUAUGAGGCAAUCGGUGACCCUUCAAAAGUUUCGGACAGGAUGACAUCCCAUAUUCCUGAGACUGUUUACUCUCUACGGGCAUAUUGCAGCAUUCUAUACCUAAAACCUCGGAUGCAGGUGGUGUUACGAAGUAAGACGGUCAAAACGGUGCUAAUUGCUAAAAGCCUGGCCUGCAUGAGAAAGGACUUUUACAAACCCAUCUUCCUGAACAAACGUGUUCCCAUACAUUUUGGUUUCAACACCAAAUCAAAAGAUCAGUACGGUGUCAUGAUGUAUCACAAAAAUAGGCUGAUCAAAGCUUAUGAGCGUGUGGGCUGCCAGCUCAAGGCCAACAACAUGGGUGUUGGCGUCAUUGGGAUCAUAGAGUGCAACUUCCUGGAUCCAACACACAACAAGCAGAGUUUCAUUGAGUCUGAUAAGUACAGAAAAACCAUGAACAAUUUAGGAAUAAAACUUGAAGAAUACUGGAAGGAGACGCAGUACAGGAUGAAACAGGAAGACCCAACCAACUCCAUACAGGUGGAGGACACCAUGAAGCAACCGGACCAGAACUGGAUUCAGUGUAAUGGCUGCCUGAAGUGGCGCAGACUCCCAGAUGGGAUUGAUUGCAGCAAGCUGCCAACUGAAUGGUUCUGCCGGAUGAACCCGGACCCUCAGUUCAGGAGCUGCCACGCAGAGGAGGAGCCAGAAGCCUCAGAUGAUGAACAACCAUCAUAUCGCAAAACCUACAAAGAACAGGAGAGGGAGGACAAGAUGAAAAAAGAGAAAAUACAGCAGGCUCGACAAAUUCUUGAACAGCAGGAGAAAAAACGUUUUGCUGCGAUCGCGGCACAAAACAAAGCUCUCAAAAAGCAACAUGACAAGCUGAGACGACAGCUGCAUGAAAUGUCUCCUUCUACCUCCUCAAACGUGGGCAGCAGCUCCCUCCUGGAAGGUGCUGUGAGGGCUGUGACCCCUCCCCUCAGAACUGCUACUAUUUCACAAGCGGCGGUGAGUCCUUCCAUGAACGACGGACUUCCAGUGGUCACUGUUGUGUCUUUGGUGUCUCCCAACCUCCCUGCUCUAAAAAGAGCACAGCCUUCUCCUCUGAGUACACCAAAAAGGCCCAAAGUGAAUCUCCCACACAGGAUCUCUGGAACAUUGGCAGAAAGGGACACACGCUCCCCCUCUGUGCCCCCUCAUAUGGAGGAUUCAGAUGACGACAUUUCCAUUUUGGAGGCUUGUAGCACGCCAAAGCCAGCAAAGCCUGUUGAUGAUGUAAGCAGAGUGAAAAAAGAGCAGACAGAAGAGGGCGUAAAUGGUGUCAGCAUGCUGUUGGAUUGUACUGACGACGCUGCCGUGGACCCCCCCUCUGAAAAAACCACUGCAGAAACGGGACGUCCCACAGUCAGUGCCACCACCCAGACAGAGGUGUUCAAUGUAAAGCUGGAGAAGGAGAGCCAAAGUCUAAAAGAAGGGAAUCGAACUGUAGAGCCGGGCACAUUUAGCACAAAUGCCACACAGAGCUUGAAUGCCCAAAGUCUGAAGACGACUGAGAUCAAGCAAGAGAAGAACAGUCAGGGUGAGGAGAACAUGCAGAACGGAGAGACACAUGUGGAAAAGAGUACUACUGAGAAGCAGCAGGAUGAUCUGUUGGAGCUUCUCCAAGACGCCAUCCAGGAGAGAGACGGCUUCAAAGAGGAGCUGCAGAAAGUCACCUGCCAGCUGCAGGAAAUGCAAAAAAAACUGUCUGAGGCGAGCCAGAAGACGAGCUCCAAGCAGUCAUUCCAGGCGGAGAAAAGUGAGGAAAGAGACUACAAGGCUCUGUUUGAGAGGGUCAAACAGGAGGAGUUUGAUUGAACUGCGUCAAAACGUCGGGCGGCGUCUUGUCUCCUCCAUGCCGGCUCUUGAAUUGGAUCAAGUGAAUUAUGAAUGUAACGUCAUCGAUGAAAUCCUGGAGCAAUACCUGUCCAGCUUAGAUUCCAACUGAUGCUUCCCCUCCCUCAAAAUAAAGAUAUUUUUUUACAGAUGAAAAAGGUGGAACGCUCAUCAUGAAGGUCCUGCAUAAACCUGGACUGAUGAAAAUGUCCCUUUCAAUCACAAAAACAAUAUUUUGUUUAUGGAAAGAACUUUCUUAAAAACGCUUGUAAAGCAAUUUCUUUUUUUUUGUGUGUGUUCAUACUAUCUUUACUUAAUGUUCCUAAAAGAACAUUAAGUUUCAUCUGAGAACCAAAUACAUGACUGUCUAUAUAUAUUAUCUUUUCUUUUUUACUCAUUUUGAACCCUUUUUAUUUUUUUAUUUUUAUACUCAAGCAAAAAAACUCCAGAUAGAAGAACUGCAUAUGAAAAACCCAAUAAUUAAACAUUAUUUGCAAAAGCUA